CUUGACUUCAUCCUUACUUGACUUCUUACUUCUUGAUAACAGAUAACAGAUGAGUCUUGACUUCUCAAUUUCAUCUCUCUAGUGAUAUUCUGAAAGUGAUUCGGUCUUGUGGCGCGUAUUUCACUUUUGGCCUCUUAACUCUAUCCUCCACCAUCCAAUACGGUUAGCUGCGAUCGGCCUAGCCAGACAGAGAACGUCGACCCCCCUCUGGUCCCCGCGGGCUAUCGAUUUCCCUCACCUACUUUUUUUCUAUCUCCCUUUCACCCUUCUGACCUCUCUCUUUCUUGACACUCCCCUCACCCUUUCCAUCUCCAUCUCCAUCUCCACCAACAUGAACUGGCUGAAAUCUACUCUCGCCAGUGUCGCAGGCACUCAGGAACCCAUCUAUGGCCCCGACGCCAUUCGAUCCGUCGCCCAGCAGGCCCAAUCCCAGGAGGUCCCCUACACUGAGCUCACCAAGGAUGACCUCCGGUGGCGCGCCCACCAGUAUACCAAUGUGGAGACCAAGACCUUUUAUGUCAUGGCCGACAACGGCACCCUGGUCAUGAUCCAAAUUAUCUACAGCAACAUCGUAGGAAUCCAUACCACCGCCCAUGUCAACGCCAAGAUCUUCAACCUGGCCGGAGAUGGCCCCCACAACUGGCACUCCGAUCCCCUGUCCAACUUCAUGUUCGACGAGAGCAUGCUUUCGUUUGGCGCGGACAACCUGUCCCUGACCCUGAACGAGGAGGGAACGAAAUACACCUUCAAGUCCGCCGUCAACGACGACAGCCUGAUCAACCUCACCUUUACCCGCACCACCCCCGGUUUCGUCAUCGGCAAGGACGGCACCUCCUACUUCGGUACCGACCCCGCGAACCCCUGGGGUUCCAUGAGCCAUGCCUUCUGGCCCCGUUGCGCCGUCGAAGGCACCAUCUCCACCAAGGAGAAGACCUACGACCUCACCGGCAAGGGCAUGUUCAUCCACGCUCUCCAGGGCAUGAAGCCCCACCACGCCGCCGCUCGGUGGAACUUUGUCAACUUCCAGGGCCCGACGCACACGGCCGUCAUGAUGGAAUACACCACCCCCCCUUCGUACGGAUCCACCGUGGUGAACGUCGGCGGCAUCGUCAAAGACGGCGAGGUCGUCUACGCCGGCACGACAAACUUGGCCAGCCACACCGCAUCUGAGAAGGACCAGGAGAGCGAGUGGCCGGCGCCGACCUCGGCCAAGUGGUCGUGGGAAGGGCGAUCCAAGGAGCCCAAGGACGUCAGCGCCGAGAUCCACGGUCCUCUCGGCAACCGCCUGGACCGCGUAGACGUCAUGGCCGAAGUGCCCGGAUUUAUCAAGAGCAUUGCCGGCAGCGUCGCCGGUACGCGACCGUAUAUCUUCCAGUACUCCCCGCAAGACAAACUCAGCCUCAAGCUGAAGAUCGGUGAUGAAGAAAUUACCGAAGAGGGCACCGUCUUCACCGAAGCGACCUUCAUCUCGUGAAAUCCUGAAUUUCCCCUCGUACAUAGACCCUGUCCCGACCCUAUUGGAAGAGUGAUGUCUCCGGCGUUUUUGAGUGUUUGAUAUGAUAUAAUUCACCGACUUGCAACUUUGAACCUGAAACCAUAAUCAAUCACUGGCUUUAUAUGCACUAUUAAAUAAUAUGAAUGACUUGCUUUCAAUCAUCUUUUCAAUUUCAGCUACUGUUUUGGGUAGCGGGUGCCUGGUGACGGGCUGAUACUGUCGAUGUUUCUGCUUCUCCU